UAUGAAUCCCAUAGCUAUGGCCAGAGCGCGAGGUCCUGCCCAAAAUUCGGGACCAACAAUACAAGACUACUUGAACAGGCCAAGACCAACAUGGGAAGAAGUGAAAGAGCAACUAGAAAAGAAAAAGAAAGGAUCCAGGGCUUUGGCUGAGUUUGAAGAAAAGAUGAACGAGAAUUGGAGGAAAGAACUGGAAAAACACAGGGAGAAAUUAAUGGGUGGAAACGAGAGUUCCUCCAAAAAGAAAGAGAAAAAGAAAAAGGAAAAGAAGAAAUCUAAUAGGUUGUCUUCAUCUUCCUCUUCUUCAUCAAGCUCUGAUUCUUCCAGCAGUUCAUCUGAUUCGGAAGAUGAGGAUAAAAAGCAAGGGAAGAAAAGAAGGAAAAAAAAGUAUCGCUCCUCACGGAAGUCUUCAGCAAGCUCAACUUCUGAAUCUGAGUCAGACAGCAAGGACAGCACAAAAAAGAAAAGGUCAAAGGAAGAUUAUGAAAAAGAGAAGGAGGGUAGUAAAAAUCACCACAGGAAAAGGAAGAAAGCCGAUCGUGGUGAUGGACCUUUAUCAUCAGAAUCCUUAUCAGAAUCGGAUCAGACAGAGGAGGUGCAAGCGAAAAAGAAGAAAAACAAUGAGGAAAAAGAGAAAACAGAUAAAACAAAAAAGAGGAAGAAGCACAAGAAACAUGGUAAAAAGAAGAAAAAGAAGAUCGCUGGUUCAAAUUCGGAUUCAGAAUAAUAUUUAAAAAACCCAAGACUAUCAACAGAAGUGCAAUGACUAAAGGAAACUUAAACUGUGAAAUGACAGCAAACUUUACCAAACUGCAUGAGUUUUCCUGUGUUUUAGAAAUAUUCCUAAUCUUUCAGUAGCCAGCCAGAUGCAGCUGUGCUGGGAAAGACCAUUGUUAUUGCCUGCUGCUUAAUACACGAGGUACAACUUUUAUAAAAUUCCAGUAAGCAGUGUCAGAUGUUUGAAACUGUAUGAGAUGGUAGUCCAGCUGAGGUGUAAAAUAUUGGAAAAUGAGAGUUAAACUUUUUAGAUAGUAAAAGUAGUCUUUUAAAGCAUUAGUAAUAGUCUUUAUUUGUAAAUCAGGACAAAUAAAAUCCCAAGUUCAUCCUGCAGGUUAAUAUCAUACAUAAACUAUUACAAGCUGGUGUCUGCUAAUGGCAUUUACAAAAUGGGAAAUUAAUGAUAACAUUUAAAAUGCUGCCUUUGUAGAAAUGUUUAUCAUCUGCCCCAUUGCCGUCUUCAUGCUUACGAGAAGGGGAAUGCUACCAUUUUGGCUAACUGAAUAGGGUGCCUUUGCCUUUGAUUCUUGCAAAUCUUUGCUAUUUUUAAUCCAUGCAGCAUCUCCGAUUCUAGGGAAGCCAGAACUAUUGUCAGCAGGCUUUUUCUGAAUAAGCAGUUCUGGGCUUCUAAGCAUGUGCUUCUGCAUUAAGCAAGAGCAAUGACAUUUUGCAGUAUAACUGACAUUCAAAACCUGAAGAUUUUACCUCUGCUUCUUUGAAAUAGCGAUAGAUCUUUGCUAGUAAAUAUGCAUCUUUCAUUUAAUGUACUUUUGGUUUAGUUGAACACUUUUUGCAAACACUAGUAGCUUUCUUUGCAUUAUCUUUAGAAUUGUUUUGCAUGAUUUGUACCAUUUUUAAAUUAACAAAAUGCAAGUAAUCGUUUGUUGUAACCAGUUCUAUGAAUUACGUUCCACAUGCAGAGUUUCAUGUAUGUAUUUAGUUAUUCUUACAGUCAAGUUCAUUGCUGUGUUUAAGUGCACACUUGCUGAAGAUACUUAGCAUGUAAAAAGCAGGGUUUUGAUACCUUAACAGCUUCAUAUUGAAGCUGAUUUUACUCUUAAGCAAGUUCAGUGGCAGACCUGUUACGUGAUGUGUCUUGUUAGAUAAAAAAAAAACUACUGCCAGAAUCUCAUUAAAGAUGCUGUUUAAACAGUUUGUAUUUAUAUUUUUGUACUUGAGGGCUACAGAAUGUUGACCUAAAUCAUAAAGCUGUUUUACAUUAAAUUAGUUGCUUUAGAAAUUGAAAAAAGCUUUUAUAAAUUAAAUGUGCAUGCAAGAAAACACAAGCAACCAUUCAAUUUUAGUUUUUACAUGAAAUCUCAUUGCAUCUUCCAUUGAUGUACCCAUUGCUGGGCCUCCUGUUAGCCUUUAAAAACUGUCCGUCCACCCCGAGUGGUCGACUAUAGAUUGUACUCUUGAUCGACCCCUUUUUUCAUUGCACAGGUGCUAACUUAGAGCUUUCCUCUAUUGCAUACAGAUGUUUCAAAUAUUGUAUUGCCAAGAAUUUUAAGACCUUUAAGACCUUGAUUAUUCGUCUGGAAACCAUAACUAAAAACUGGGGGAGAAAGAUGAUUUUGUAUUGCCAUUCUACAGAGAAAUUGACUUUUCGAGUUAAGUUCUUGGGAAAAUACAACCAUUGAGUUGCUGUAAUGUCCCUCUAAACCAUAGUAAGAAUAUUUUGAUUAAAUAUUUUAUACUGUUGGGCUUGAUGUUACAGAUUCUCGACACUGUUUUGUCAGUGAGGUUAAAAUAAAGGCAAGAUGCAGUGAACGGUAGGGUUUUGGUUUGGGGUUUGCGUUUGGUUUUGUUGGGGUUGUUUUUUUUAUAAAUUGUGGUGUUGCAGUUUUGGUGAAAGAAGUUGUAAUGAACCAUAGCAUAAAUGGUCUGUCCUGUGUGAU